CCGCCGGAAUUCUUGAAUCUGGAAUUCUUUCAACUUCAAAUUUGUCGCAUGGCGAUUUGAAGCAAUCUUUGUCAUUAUGCUGAGAGCGAGCUUAUCGAAGCGAGAGUCUUCAAUAUGCGCUUUCUGCCAACACCGCUUCUCUCUCCGGACGGCGACGCCACGGAGCAAACGACAACUUUCCGGAACGAGGAGUUUGAAGAACAAUGAUGGAUGGGGUAGCUGGGGAGGUGGUUGGGGUAGCCAAUCCAAGGCUCCUGCGCAAUCUCAACACGAUGAUUUACUAGAUCAGCACGAGGUAAUAGCGCGCAAGAGACUCCUCGAAAAACAGCAAAGAGAAGCACAGCAGGCACAACAGGAACAGCAGGCCAAACAAAUCCAGAAAGCUCAAAAAGACCAACAAAUCCCCGAACGACCAAAAUCCAGGACUAUUCUAGCUAGCUACGGGCCGAGACUGAUAUGGAAUCCGGAAAAGCAGAAAGCGAUAGAAAGGACAUUGAGCAACCCCGUACCCCCUCCGAAGCGUAAUGUGGAAAGGGUUAAUACUCGCAUAUUCGGAAACCUUCUAGAAGAUAACGCUAUUAAGAAAGAACCUAGCACUACAACAAGUAAUGCUGAUACUCCGAGGUCUUCGACGAAGGUUACCGGCGAUUCCGUCGCGAUACCAACCCUUCAAAACUUGCCUGGAACGAAGCCCUGGAUGUCAAUGCGAGGUGCUGUCGGUGUUGAAAGAAAGACGUCCACGAUAGGAAAGUCUAUGACUGAUAACCUUAUAAUCCCAUCACAACCUCCACGGCAUCUACGGUCACUACAGCCUCUACAAUCCUCACGACCCUUGCAACCCUCGCAACCUUCGCAGCCCUCGCAACCGUCGCAACCGUCGCAACCAGCCCAAACCCCGCAAACCCCACAAUCCUUACAAACCUCACAACCCUCAGAACAUCCACCAGUACCACAAGUCUCAAAACCAGCCCAAACCUCACAACGCCCACAGCUAUUCGGGGGCACUGGCGGAUCAGAUUGGGGCUUGUUAGCUAGGAAGUUAACCCCGGAAAAGCCUAAUAGCGAAGACUUCUGGGCGGCCUUGGAUAAGAACGUGAAGGAUAAAAAGGUGACGAAGCCGCAUGCAUCCAACGCACCGGGACAAGCGUUGGGGCAGUCUAAGCCUCGCGACCCUUGGGCUGCCAUGGGGGAGCAUCAGGAAAAAGCAUCGGAUCCUAAGAAUAUGUAUGACUGGGGAAAACAACUAGAUGAAGAAGACGAACGAGAGGCGAAGCGUGUACUGCAAUCGAGGAAAGAAGGGCCGCAAGAGCCAGAACCUGCAUCAUCUCCAGCGGCGUCUGGCCUCGAACAAGAAUCGAAAGGCAAGGUCCGCGACCGUGAUCGUGAAAGGAGACAGUCUCGCCUCGAACGAAAACAAGAAGAGGACAACCCGGGUCGCCGCGAGAAACGUCAACGGCGUGGUAAAAGAUACAGCGACGACGACGGCGAAGGAUUCGAUUACGAGGAUUACCAAGAAACACGUCGAAUGAAGGCGCGGGCCAAAGCGCAACGCGAGGCCGAGAGGGUCGGUCCCAUCCCUAUCCGGAUACCCGAAUUAAUCAACAUUAAAGCGCUGGCCGAGGCACUGAAGAUCGAACCGAAACUGUUCUUGACCCAGCUCGGCGAGCUAGGCUUUGAGGGAGUAUCCUUGGAAAGUCUCAUGGCCGGCGAGACGGCGGCCCUCGUCGCGCAAGAGUACGGUUUCGAACCGACGGUGGACGCCGGCGAAGAACUCGACCUGAAACCUCGCCCGCCACCGAAGGACCCGACGACCCUCCCGCUCCGUCCGCCGGUGGUGACCAUCAUGGGCCACGUCGAUCACGGGAAGACUACUUUAUUGGACUACCUGCGCAAAUCGUCCAUCGCGGCCCAAGAACACGGAGGCAUCACGCAACGCAUCGGCGCCUUCUCCGUGAAACUCUCUUCCGGAAAACCGAUCACGUUUCUAGACACUCCAGGACACGCCGCUUUUCUUACGAUGCGGCAACGAGGUGCCUACGUCACCGAUAUAGUGGUUCUGGUCGUAGCUGCGGACGACAGCGUCAAACCCCAGACCAUCGAAGCCAUCAAGCACGCGCGUGCGGCCAAGGUACCGAUGAUCGUGGCCAUCAACAAGAUCGAUAAGGACGGGGCACGGAUAGACCAAGUCAAGAGCGACCUCGCACAACAGGAUGUCGAGAUCGAAGACUUCGGCGGAGACGUCCAAGUCGUCUGCGUGAGCGGAAAGACCGGCCAGGGCAUGGACGACCUCGAGGAGAACAUCUUGACCCUCUCUGAGAUUCUAGAUCACAGGGCCGAGGUGGACGGACCCGCGGAGGGUUGGAUUCUCGAGAGCAGCUUAAAGUCGAUCGGCAAAGCAGCUACCGUCCUCGUCAAACGAGGUACCAUGCGACCUGGCGACUAUAUCGCCGCCGGUACAACGUGGGCGAAGAUCCGACACAUCCGCAACGAAGCCGGCGUCGAGAUUCGCGAAGCACCUCCGGGCUCCCCGGUCGAGAUCCUAGGAUGGAAAGACCUCCCAGCCGCAGGCGAUCAGGUCAUCCAAGGCUCCGACGAAGGACAAGUCAAGGGCGCGGUAGAGUAUCGCGAAGGUCUUCGCGAACGCGAAAAGGAAGCCGCCGCCCACGAAGAAAUCUCCGAGGCCCGUAGGCUCCUCCAAGAAAAGCGAGCUCGCGAGAAGGAGCUAGCGGAAGCAGGCGAGACCGACGAAGCCCUCCCAGAGGAAGAGGACGGCACGAAGAUAGUCAACUUCGUCGUCAAAGGCGACCUCCACGGGUCCGUAGAAGCGGUCCAGGCGUCGAUCCUCGAGCUCGGGAGCCACGAGGUGAGACCGCGCAUCCUGCGCUCGGGCACCGGGCCCAUCCACGAGUUCGACGUCGAGCAUGCGGCGAUGAGCAAGUCGGUCAUCGUCAACUUCGCGACCAAGACGCCGGGGUACAUCAAGCAGAUGGCGGAGGGGCAGGGCGUAAAGAUACUAGACCAUACGAUCAUCUAUCGCCUGGUGGACGACGUUAAGGCGACCCUAAGCAGCUACCUCGCCCCGGAGAUCACGUUCAAGGUCCUCGCCGAGGCGGAGGUGCUUCAGCUCUUCCCGAUCAAUAUUAAAGGUCGCCAGUAUAAGACCAUUGCGGGAUGCAGGGUCAGGAACGGGACGAUGGAGAAGGGCGGCGCGUUCCGCGUGGUUAGGAAAGGGGAGCCUAUUUUCGACGGCAAUCUGGAGACACUGAAACAUCUCAAGAAAGAUGUGACGGAGGUUAAGAAGGGCACCGAGUGCGGUAUCGGAUUUGAGGAGUUCCAAGAAUUCGAGGUCGGCGACGUGAUCCAGUCUUACGAGAGAGUCGAGACAGCGAGGUUUUUCUAGUUGGGUUGGCCAUGUUGAAUUGCAUCGAACUGUGCCGAAUUGCACCGGAGUUUAUCGCAUUGCACUAUAUCGCGCCGAACUGCCGGCGUACGAUUUGCACUGGGUGAAUAAAAUGGCGGAGAUCUUCGGUAAGAGAUUAGAUGAGCUUCUUUGUACGAUAUGCCGCAUAUUGUAUAUCGAAAACUAUAGUGGACUAAGAAUCACUGUACAUCUGGAGGCUGGUCUCAUACGUCUUGUCUUGGUAGGUACCUACCUAGGUAGGUAUUUAAUGGAUCGGAAAGCAUUAAAGGGCGGAUGGCAUCGGGCAGGCAUCAGCGGUGAUACGCGGCGGCGAUAGACGGCUAUGAUACUUAUCUAUAUGGUAGACGUCCUAUAUCUCAUGCAUCGAUGGCGUUGUCUGUUUGAGGUUGGUUGGAUAUAGCUGUACUAUGUAUAUAACGUUCAUGAGAUCCCCUCUUAUCUACUGGAAAUGGUUGAGUUUCGAGGCGUUAGAAAGGGGUCAUGAGUUGGUGAGAGUUGAGAGUUGAAUAAGUACCUAGUAGCCGAACAACCGUUGCGGAUUAUGGCCAUUCGCUACGAUUUCGAGCUCGAGGCAGGUCAUCUAGAGGAAUCUCAAUAGAUUUACACCUAUGUAUCCCCCG